UGUGCGAGAGCUCGGUAAAUAUGAUCAGGUUGUUAAAAGUUUGCGCUUGAAAAGUUGGCUCCAAUCGAAAAAUGACUUUUAUCUACGAUGUCUAUGUAACUAUGGAGAAAGAUAACAGUUUACUCUCGCGAGACUGAUUGAGCGGACGCGUUCACGCUGCCCUCCGCCGUUCGGCGUUGACACCUGAGUGGAGGCAGGCAAGGGGAUGCAUUUAGCCCUAGUUUGUUUAGCAAUACUGCGGACAAGUUGCAGGGACAACCACGAGGGAAGGAGGUGGCAAUCGGGAACAACCUAACGUUAGUGCCAUCACCUUGGACUUGAGGGAGAUUCAUUUCACCAGCUUACUAUUACUUGUAUGUAGCUAUAUCAUCCCAGACCCACCAUGUUGGGCAAGUACAUCCACCUGCAGUGUUCUGACCAUCGACAUCACAGCUGACACCGUGAAAUAGCUCAAGACUCGAGAGGGAUUUAUGUGCUGUCUACAUUUACGAAACGGUGGAAAUUACUGGAAUAUAUUUAUCUGUGAUAUUCAAGUGUAAAGGAAAUAAUUUGCAGUUUGAAUUUCGGGAUUUUAUUGGAAUAUCAACAUGAUUCAGAUUGACAGCCUCAGAAACUCGCUUGGCCAGCAGGGUCUGUCGAGGCAGAGUUUUGAGUCCUCCGAUUCCAACAGCUCUGCCAUAUCCUCCCCCGGCAGCACGGCCUACCACCCCGUACCAACAGCCCCACCCCCCGGGGAUAGCAGGAACAAUGGGAUGAUCCCCUGGACGCAGGGUGCGGCAACAUACCCCGGGGCUGAAGGAUCAGAUGAUGACGAUGAAUACCGUCCCUUCACGCCCCCACCUCCACGUGAGAGGCUCAGCUACACGCGCUAUCAGCUGGAGCUACUUAACGCCAUCUACUCCAGGGUGAAAUACCCCAACAGCACCCAGAAGCAGCUGAUUGCAAAGAGAGUCGGCAUCACACGUGACCAAGUGAAGAUCUGGUUUCAAAAUCGCCGCCGCAAGGAUGUUGUGGGGCGGAAACCCGGGGAUAAGAAAGAUGGCGGCGAGGAGAAGGCCGAGAGCCCCAAAAGUGAGAGUGGUAGUGCUGAAACCGCGACAAAGGAAUCAUCUGACGUCGCUGACGACGAUGCAGCAACAGACGACAUAGAUGAGAAAGUACUCCCCCCUCUCGUCAUGAAAAGCGUCAUCGCCGAACUGAUGAGGUUCGAGAACGACCCUCUGAAGAACAAGAAGAAUAAGAAGAAGUCGAGGAAGCGCCCUGCUCCAGCCCCUGCAGUAGGACCUAAACCUCCUCAGCCCAUGUUCCAGAGCUACGACAUGAUCUCACCGCCCAACAAGGUCACGCCGACAGCAGCCUUCCUGAACACCGUGCCCAACAGGUUUAACCACUCCAAGAGUGCAUCCGCUUUCCACAACCCCCGUAACCCCCGUUUGCCGGGGCAUAUGAUGCUCCCAGGACAAUCCCCGUUCUUGAUGGGGAUGCCCCACCCCGCGUCUGCCAGCAGUAUAACUGUGCUACCCAAUGACUAUAUCAACCCUCCCAAUACCACUGUGCCACAGAGUCUACCGCCCACGGGCAAUCAUUCGUUAUAUGACAGUAUACCCGUUCUAGCAGAUCUCCUCGGUUACAGGUCUCACGUUGAAGCCUCGCGCCAGAGGGAGCAUUCAUUGUCUCAGUCUCAUCUACCCUCCCAAUGCUCAACAGUUUCUAGUCGUAGCCCUGAGAACAAUCUUUCAGAAACACAUGCUCCCUCUACCCAGAGUGCGCUUGGAUUAAAUCGUGUGUUCCCGUUCCCGUUUAUCGCUGACCCUCCAGUGAUGCUGUCGUCCAUCCGACAUUCUGACCCUUACAGACCACAGCUUCACUACCAACCUCCGUCGUAUUCAGAUGAACCCUACCAGCCAUUGGUCAUCUCGUCGCUAAGCAACCCCUACUUCAAUGCAACGUCAUCGGUCUCCUGGGCCAAUCAGAGCUCAAGUGACUCUAGUGUUCACCCGUCCUCCUACACCCAGUUAUAACCCAACUGGGAAAUAUGAAUAUGUAUAUUGUGCGUGAAUGGAAUGCCAAAGAAUUUGCCGAAGAGUAUAUGUGUGUGAAUGUGUAUCGUCCAAUCACUUCUGAUCUCACCGCCACCUACCUCUACUACCGUGUUGUUAUUUUCCACCACGGCCUUGUGUUGUAU